AAACUCGUCCACUAUCGUUCCCCAUCGAAGUCGGUUCAGUACCUGCCCGGAUCAUCAUGAAGAAGUUCGCGAUCGUUUGCCUCUUCCUAGGAACCCUUGUUGGUCCCAGUUUCGCUCGUCGGAUCUUUGGAGGCCAGUUCGCAGAGGAUCGCCAAUUUCCCUACCAGGUAGCGCUCUUCCACAACGGACACUUUGACUGCGGGGGAUCGAUCAUCGACAACCGGUGGAUCUUGACGGCGGCGCACUGCGUUCUGGAACUGAAUGGAUCGGUUGCCGCGAACCUCUCCGUCCUUGUAGGUUCCCAGCACCUGGUUGAGGGUGGCCGCCGCUUCGAGCCGGAAGCGAUCUUCGCGCACGAAUCGUACGGGGACUUCCAGAACGACAUCGCGCUGAUCAAGCUGGGCGAGUCGAUCGAGUACGACGAGCUGAGCCAACCGAUCGCGCUGUACGAGGGCGAUGAUCUGCCCAAGGACUCCGUGGUGGUCAUUUCCGGGCACGGUCGUACCGAGGAUCGUGACUUCUCCGAGCUGCUCAAGUUCAACCGGAUGUUGGUGGACACGCAGGAGUCUUGCGGGAAGGACCGGGAGGGGCUGAUCUGCUUCAACGAAAAGGUUGGGAACGGAGCUUGCCACGGGGAUUCCGGUGGUCCGGCGGUGUUCGAGGGACGCCAGGUUGGGGUGGCCAAUUUUGUGCAGGGAUCCUGUGGAACGAAGUAUGCCGAUGGAUAUGCCAAGGUAACGUACUAUCGGGAGUGGAUCGAUAGGACGAUGAGAAAUUAGAAGUUGUGAUAGCAAAAUAGAUGUCUGGAAAUGAUCGUGAAAUAAAUGUCUGCUCAGCGAAA